AUGGCCCAGGCUCCGCCCACCACGGGCCUCCUCCAGCUGAGCACUGUCCUCAAGCGCCUCGACGCCGUUACCUCGCGCCUCGAGGAUGUUGCCAUGUCGCAGAGCUUUGGGUCCCUCCGCUCGGCCACUGGCGCAGCACACGACUCGCUCGUCGGUACAGUCCCGGCGGGCGCGGUGGGCAUGUCCCCUUCGCCGUCGCGCGGCGGCGCAGCGCCCACUCCUCCCGCGCCUCCUCCCCCGCCCCCGCCUCAGGAGGAGGUGACGCCGCCUGUCAAGGCGUACGUGGACGAGGUCGGGGAGGCGACCAAGGAGUUUGAGGCGCUUGGGAAGAAGGUCGGCGGAAUUGUGGGGCAGGCUUCCGCCCUCGUCCCACCCCUCGUCGACGCCCAGUAUGCAUACCUCAAGAUGGCGUCUGGUCACUGCAAGCCCCCGACCGCGGCUGAGGGACAGGGUCUGCUCAAGCCCCAGGCUGACGCGAUCGGCGCUAUCAUGGCGGCUAAGGACAAGCUCGGCCGUACAAAGGAAGGGCGCGACUGGGGCUCUGCCCUCAGCGUGCUUAGCGAGGGCGCUGCCGCGUUUGGCUGGGUCCAGGUCGAACCUGCCCCGGCACCGUUUGUGGGCGAGAUGAAGAACUCGGCUCAGUUCUGGAUCGACCGUGUCAACAAGCAGUGCAAGGAGACCGACCCUGACGCCGUCGCGUGGGCUCGCUCGUUUGGCGCGAUCAUCGAGGCGCUGCAGAAGUAUGUCAAGAAGUGGCACACGACCGGUGUGGUGUGGAACCCCAAUGGGCCUGGAGCGCCCGCUACUGUCCCUUCUGCCUCGACUGCUCCCAACGGCGCUGGCGCUCUUUCCGCCCCUCCACCACCGCCUCCCGGCGGCUCGUUGACCCCCAAGGCGAGCGGCGGUGGUCACUCGGCUCUCCUUGCCGACCUGAACCGCGGCGCGGGCAUCACCUCUGGCCUCCGAAAGGUUGACGCGUCGGAGCAGAUGCACAAGAACCCCGAGCUGCGCACUUCCAGCGCCGUGGCCGACAACACGUCACCGAAGAGACCUACGCCGCCGCCGACCAAGCCCAAACCUGCGUCGUUCAGUAAGACGCCGCCCAAGAAGCCCGCACGCACCGAGCUCGAGGGUGGCAGCAAGUGGAUUGUCGAGAACCACGAGGACAACAAGGACAUUGUGAUCCAGGACACAGCCCUGUCCCAGACGGUGCACAUUUUCGGAUGCAAGAACAGUGUGGUUCGCGUGGUGGGCAAGGUCAACGCCGUGACCAUGGUCAACUGCAAGAAGACGUCGCUGGUGGUCGACUCGCUUGUUUCGUCGCUGAGCUUUACGAGCUCGCCUUCGUUCGAGGUGCAGAUUACGGGCGUGGUGCCCACGAUCCAGGUCGACAGCACCGACUCUGGCCAGGUGUACCUGUCAAAGGCGUGUGUUGAGACGGUCGAGAUCAUUACGUCCAAGACGUCGGCGCUCAACAUCUCCAUCCCCACGUCGGAAGAUGGUGACUACGCCGAGCGUCCAGUCCCAGAGCAGAUGAAGAGCCGCAUCGUCAACGGCCGCCUGGUGACGGAGAUUGUCGAGCACGCCGGCUAG